AAAGAGCGUCGCGACACCUAUGAACUGUAUGACUAAGCUGGAACGGUGUGUUGCCUUGAGCGAGGGUGCAUAACGCCGUGGUCCUGUGCUAGUAGUGUGUUGCAAUUUGGCGUUACACAAAUUUAUCACUACCUGAGUGUGCUACGAUGCCGUCGUUGGCUUUGUAUGAAGCGUGGCUCCAGUAGACUGGGCAUACCGAUGCAUUUGCUCGAUCGGUGUCGGCAAGCGUCCUGUGAGCCCGUGAAUGUGGAGUUUUCGGUUUCGGAGAGUCAGCCAGCCGACAUUUGCGUUAGGCCUAGUUGGAUGCUAUGCAGACUGACAGAAGUGAGAAGUUAUUGCUUCGCCGAGGGAGCCGCCGGACGCGAAUCGUAAUGGAAAAAGCUGACAGGCAGCAGUGCAAACAUGGCCCUAGCCUGUGGGCAGCUGCCAGCUGAGGGCCCGGAAACGCCAGUGCUUUCAUGGUGGUGCAGUGCGGCAUGGAGGAAGUGCGCGUGUGCCCCGUGGCGCCCCCUCCCCCUUUGGGGGCUGCCCCCCAGGAUGACGGGGACGACCCAGAGGUCAUGCAGGUGACUGGUGAAGGGCUGGCGGUGCACCUGCGACCCAAGAAGCAGCGGGUGAAUGGGGCUAGCCAGCCAGGAGUCACAUGGGGGGACAACACGGAGGAGCGAGAGCGGCCCAUGUCCUGGGAGGGUGAGCUCUCUGAUGACGACGAGGAUGAUGACGGUAGUGCCCAGGCUGUCCAACAGCCACCAGUUGCCGCAGCAUCAGGGGUGGUGGUUGUGCGACCAGGAAAUAGCCCAAUGAUGGUGGAGAGGGAUGAUGGGACCACAUCGCCCAUCAGUUUGACUGUAUCCUCAGGUCCGGACUCAAAGGGCAAUGGCACAAGUGACAAGUGUAUUUCUCGUGUGAACCUGCCAGACAAGAGCUCUUCCAACCAUGUGAUCACCUAUGUGGCGCCUGUCUCUCCUGCACCGUCCACACCAUAUGGCAGUGUCACACCAACAGUUGUACCUGCUUUCCCUGAGCGUCAGCAACACACCCACAAUAGCUCCUUUGGGGAAGGACGACUGGGCGGCAGUAGUGCUUUCCAGCCGCCACCCUUUGGUGAGAGCCCUCGCCCCACCAGCUCGUCGAGCUCACGGUCAUCGUAUUCACCUAGCCAGAGCCCACUACUUGGGGGCAGCAGAGGAGGGCCCCUGGGACUGCCUCCACGUCACGGGGCUGCCUCCUCUGAUGGCUCCCUCUACUCACCCACGAGCAGCCCACUGCAGGGCCGCCAUGUGUCCUUGGUAGAAGCAGUCUACUCACCUUCUCAAAGUCCAAGCCAAAGCCGGCAUCGAUUGGCUGAUGGCCUCUCCCCAACAGCAGCUCACUUGCGCAACCUUUCAGUGUCCCGUACAAGCACUAGUGCGGUGCCAUACACACCGACAAGCUCGGAGCCUCCUUAUCCUUACCUUGUGGUUCAGCCUACACCUGACACUCGAUCAACAGCUUCAAGUGCAUCAGUGGCAUCCAGUGCAUCAGAUGAGUCGAAUGCCUCUGACCUGUCCAGCCCAACUCGACGCCCUUCAGCCGAAGGCGCAGGAGGUGACCCACUGGGGGCCCUUGGGGAAGCCCCUGGUGGUGUUUCACGACAGCAGCUGCUCAGUGGGCCAUGCCCUAUUUGUGGGGAUCGCAUCUCGGGCUUCCACUAUGGUAUCUUUUCCUGCGAGAGCUGCAAGGGUUUCUUCAAACGCACAGUGCAGAACAAAAAGCACUAUGUCUGUCUUCGAGGAGCUGCCUGCCCUGUUGCUGUGGCUACACGGAAAAAGUGCCCUGCCUGCCGUUUUGACAAAUGUCUUAGGACAGGCAUGAAACUCGAAGCCAUUCGUGAGGACAGGACUCGGGGUGGCCGAAGCACAUACCAGUGCUCGUACUCUCUGCCAUCACAACUUGUUGGUGGUGAUUCUCGUCUUACCUCAGAAUCUGGUGACUUACCCGUGGAGCCCAUACCCCUUUUGCAAAAAGAAUCACGCAGUUUGUCGUCGGGGUCUCCACUGGAAGGAUCCCCGCAGCCUUUUGUGGGCCAGCAGCAGCCACCUGUGGUACCCUCUCUUGUGCAGGAAAUUGUCUCUGUGGAGCACCUCUGGCACUAUACUGAUCGAGAGAUAAGUCGGUUGUCGGAGCAGUUUGGCAACAAGGUGUCUGCUACUGGAGCCACAACACUGGAUGCAGGAGCCCCUGAUUCCCCUGGGACCCUGGGUGCAGAUGGGGGCCCAAGUUUGUUGAGCAGCCUUUGCAACAUUGCUGACCAUCGUCUCUACAAGAUUGUCAAGUGGUGCAAGAGCCUCCCUCUAUUCAGGGAAAUCCAGGUGGAUGACCAGAUAGCUUUGCUGAUCAACUCCUGGUGUGAACUCCUUCUGUUGAGUUGUUGCUACCGGUCAACUGGCACACCCAAUGAGAUCAGAGUGUCCAUGGGCAAGUCGGUGACCCUGGGCCAGGCGCGGCACCUUGGCAUGGGUCCUGUCAUUGAACGCAUGCUGGGCCUCACAGACCUUCUGCGGCGCCUCCAGGUUGACCAGCGCGAGUUCGUCUGUCUCAAGGUCAUCAUCCUGCUAACCUCAGACGCCAGUGGCCUGAAAGAGCCUGAAAAGGUUCGUGCCUGCAAGAAGCAAGUGCUGGAGGCCCUGCAGGCAUACACCAUAUCUCACUACCCAUCACAGCCAUCCAAGUUUGGUGAGCUGCUACUCUGUGUGCCCGAGCUCGAGCGUGCCUGCCAGGUGAGCAAGGAAUCCCUAGCAGCAUCGCGGCGCAUUGCCUCUUCUGGUGGUGCUUCAUCUUCCUCUGCACCUAUGGCUGAUCCGCAGGCUCCUAGCUUCAACCUCCUCUUUGAACUCUUGCGAGGUGACCACUGAGUGCCCACUGGGUGCUCAUCUUUGUGCACCUGUACAUAGUGCCCUUUGGUGGAUGUGCAGAGACCACGGAAAGUGAGAGCAUGGGACAGGCAGACUGUGUGUGUUCGUUCCCCCCCCCCAUGUGAUGUGCUGUGCUCUUCUUCCGUGAAAAAUAGGACGUUAUUAUGGAAGAUGAGGUGACAUCGGCCUUCUAGAUUUCUUUCAUCAUUUAAUUGUGCUGCUGCGAAAGUGAUGUGCUAUGUCCCCUUCCCAUUCUUUCAUUUUACUAUUUCUUGCCAGUUUCCACUGACAUUGUCCUGCUAUUAGUGCUGGUCGUCCUUCCUAGUCUUCCCCCACUACUGUACCCUUCUUUGCUAGCCAUCAGCUGCAAAUGAAAGCGAGACCUGGGGAAGAGAGAGUGAGGCAUUUUCCACUGUGAAGGCUUAUCCACACUAUUUAAUCAUCACCAUUCUAUUUUUGCUUAGUCUCUGUCACUUCAAAAGGAAGAGAUUCUAGGCAAAGACUACUACAAAUUGCAUCAUUGCUGUUGCAGAGAGCCCAUACCUUUUUUUUAAUAGCUUUUUCUUACUUACUUUUUCAGCAAACUGUUGCAGCUUUUGUUAUACCAAUAAAAAGAGCAUAAAUUUAUCUUACGCUUUGGCUCACAAUCAGUGGAUCUUGGCUUUUGUCAUUUGGAGUCAAGGCACAAACCUCAAAGGUGUAGCUGUGGCCACAGUGGACUUGCUUCUUUUUACAAAUUGUGUUGUUGUGCCUUGUUUACUUUUAAUACAGUGUCCCAGAUUAUCAUUCAAAAUGGCAAUGGCAGCUUUUUCUUUUUUUAGCAAGUAGACUGUGCCAGUGAUAUGACAGCAUUGGUUCAUUGAUCAUUAUUAUGCAACAUUUAUUGUUUUCUCAGGAUCGCUUUAAAACUCGUGAAGAUGUCCUCUUUUUAGUUGUUGAAAAUGCAAGAGGAUGAGAACAUUGUUCCCCAUUGUCAUUUCAUUUUAAGGUCCCAGUUUAUUAGAAGGUCAUUUCUGAGUUAACAUUGUUAAUGCUUACGACAGAUUUGCAUUUUGAGCAGGAGUGAACAAGCACUAGCCAUGUUGUCUUAUAAAGACAUAUUAAACGUGUAUAUGGAAGGUAAAUCACUAACAACUCAGCUUUACACUGGGACCUUUUCUUGUGCAUGGACAUUAAAAGUAGUAUUAGAUCGAAUGGAUUCUAUUUUUACAGAGGCAUUUACUUAGUACAUUGAUUUUUUACAUAACAGGAAAAGCUUUAUAUUCGUAGUACUUUCUUUUAUUUAGCCCUCAGAAGUGCACAUCUUAUCGGAUAUUGCUGAAACCUCUCUGAUACAUUGUGGUAUAACUUUAGUAUACUGGCACUCAGAAAGAAAAAAGUUUUUAUAGAUAUUAUAUCUGCUUACAAUUUUAUGAAGUUAUACCAACUCUUUUUGAAUAGGCUGUCUUUUACCACUGUCUAGAGAGUGCUACAGCAUUAAUGCUUCUUCACUUAUUUAGUUCUCAUGAUGCAUGGUGAACCAGGCUUGUAUAUCUUUGCCAUUGCUUGCCAUAUAAAGUAUAGUCGACUCAGACAGUGUUGCAUUGUAUGCACAUAAAAGUGAGAAAGGCACUUAUGCAAGAGCUUCUGCUUGUGGGUGUUUCUACAUGCUUGCAUUUUUUUUUUUAGUUAUAGAAAAUGCUCAUGUAUAGGAUGCCGUACAUCAUCAGCUUGUGCCAAAAUAAACCCUGCAUUCUUCUCUGCUUCUCUUUUGAGGUUGCACUAUUAUUGCUCAUUUCCAGUAAAGCUUCAUGCUCUCGUAUUGACAUUUCUUCAGUAAUUGCUUUGAGUUGUUCCUGCUAUGUUUUGAACUUCAUGAGCUGCCAUGGUUGCAUUUCAUUUGAGUCUUGAGGCUUGCCACUCUUGAAUGAACGCAUGUGCAAAAGUUUGAGCAUUGCUUGCAUGACCCAUUGACUAAGCAAGAUUUGCAAUAUGCAAAGAAUGCUCCUGCACAUUUGAAUUGAUGUCAAAUGCACCUGCAGGAUUUGCUUCUGCUGCUUUACUCAUUUUUACCGUUUUCCUUUUUUCUUGUUUGCAUUGCACAAGAAGCAAGGAGGCUUUUAUGUGAAUUUCCACCCAUAAUUUGAAGGUAGCAGAGAGUGGGAGUAGGCACAGCUGUUAAGGUUAGCUCUUUUAUCCACUUUCUCCAUACUCGAACAGUCUUUUAGGGUAAGGUUUCCAGCUUAAGUUUUCAGUUUCAUCAUCGCUUUAAAACUGCUUCUGUUGUUGAAUCGUACUCUUGCCUUUACUGUCAUGUUUAUGCCUCGGAGUGUCCAUUGGUCAUGUAUGUGCUGCAUUUCUGACCCUUUUGGCCUAAAAAUUUGCUCUUUCAGUGUCCUGUGUGCCUGUAAAAGCGGUCUCGCACAGCCGCAAGCCAAAACUCCUGCUGUAUUUAUUGUACAUAGAAACGUCCCCAGAGAGGAGUCAGAAGUCAGUCAAGUGCUACCACUUGACUCUUAGUGUUUAAAAAGUUUUUUUUUAAUGCUAGUUUUGACUGCAUUUUUAUUAAGCCUCGUGUUUAGCUGUACAGCAAAGGUGAGGAAGAGUGUAAAUUUUUUUUCUUUUUGAGAACAACACUCAAUCUAUGCAGACACCAGAAGACAAAUUUUCAUUAUCUGGCAUCAUUUAUCAUCUCUGUUUUUAAGAGCUGUUGUUUCUCACUCCUGUUUUCUUAUUUGUUUCUUAUGGUCCCAGUUCACAGGAAUCAUCUAAACACUCAUUACUGCAUAAUGUGCUGUCCUUGUGUUGUUGUCAGGGACCAAAGUGACUGUGAAAAUUUUUUUUUUUUAAUGUUCUACCAAUAUUUCUCGAAGCUGCAACCAAUGUCCUUGUCCCUGCGGGUUCAAAGUGUCUGUAGCUUUCUCUUAAAGAAUAUGUGCCUCUGUCAUUUUUGUUGCCGAGUCUAGAGAAAACAGCACAUUUACAACAGUUUCAGAUGCUCACUCCAUUUUUUGCCAAGGAAGAAAGUAUCAUCGAAGCCAUCUUGAGCAAAUCUAUUUUGUGAAAGUUUUAAAUAAUUGAAUUUGGCACCUAGCAAACCUGAAAAACUCCUUUUGGCUGUUGUGAGGCAUUCUUGAUAAUUGAUGGUGUUUUUUGCACAGGUACUUCUCCAGGGUAUAGUCUAAUAGCGUUACUCUCCAAAGAAGCACCUCUGUGAAGACCAUUGCCCUUUGAUCUUGGCUUCUUACAUUGUUUUUUACAUUGCUGCGGUAACUUAUGAGUGCCAGGAAGGCAUACAAUGAAGAUAAUCUGCAGCAAUGCUUGUAACAGUCAAGUUCAAAUGUCUAUCACACUGGCCUCGAAACAGCUGAACUAUCAUAAUGCACAGCAGAGAAGAAGUCACACAAAGACCUGUGCUGCCUUUGGUACCUCAAGAAUGAGGGUCUAGCCAAUUUUACAUUCCGAUAAUGUGUAGCUUCAUCUUAAAGAGAAAUUGUGCAGCUUUUAUACAGCCUUAUGCCGGAUGACGUAAGCAUAACUUUCAUUAAUGUUGGAACACAGUCAGUGCGUCAAUAUAUUUAUGUGCUUUUGUAGAAGGGCACAACAUUUACCUUGAAGAAUAAAAAGAGGAAAGUAUGCAUUAUUCACAGUGCCUCGCAGCCAAAACUUUGUAAAUGAUUCUGCUAUGAGUCACAUUUGUCAAACUUCAGCUAUCAGUGCACUCACUUUUGUAAUUUGAAAUGUUGCAUGUUUACAAGAAAGACUAUUUUGUGUGUGUGUGCGCGUGUGCUUGUACUUUAGUGCUUUGUUAAAACAAAACCUUACCGGUGAACUGUGCCAGUGGUGAUAUAGCUUCCAAGAAGUUCUCUUGAGUGAGUUGCUGACUGUGGAUUGCCUUAUGUGCCGUCUUGGGGUGUAAUUAUUGUUUGUGCAUGUUUGCAUGAAAGCGAUCUUGUGUUUCCAUCACCGUGUUUUCUACAAGGGCAGCUCGGCUUGUGAUCUUUUCAACUGCAGAUAUGUGUUAUAUGUCAGUCUCACUGGUACUAUACUGCCUUGAUGACCUUGGUUGUGGAGUAGCUUGAUCAAACAUUUUGCUUACAGUGUCUGUCACCCGUCCUGUGUGUACGUCCUAAAGUGAGAUAGAUUUUUGAAAAAGAAAAAGCAGCCAGGAGCAAUAGUACUUGCCUAUUGGUUGAGCUGUCUCCUGUGUGUUGCGGUUCUUUAGGUUGCAGCUUUUAUAGAAGUCGCAGCGUAAAAUUUUGUGCUAUUACAGCAGUUUGCAGAAAUUGUCUAUGUUGAAAACAGCAGAAUGUGUUUAACUAAGCUGUAGAACUAAGAGGUAUCUAUUGCACCACUUUAAAGUUGUUGAGUGGAAAACAGUACGACAAGAAACAUUUGGAUGGGAUGUUUCUUCUCAUACCGUUUUCCACUCAACAACUUUACAAUGAUGCAUGAACUGGCCCAACAGUCGACACUUCUAACUAUUGCACCUGUUUGCUUAUCUGGGGCCACGAUUCGCGGGCAACGGCGAACCGAACAUCAAGUGUGCAGUUCACUAAGUGAUGCAUUGAACCUUUACCACCUUGCCUUUACAGUUUUGCACAGAGGCAUCAGGUCAGUACUAGAGUAGCAGUUGCACACAUUGUAAAGUAGCCAACUCUAUAAAAAUAACAUUACUGUUAUUACUUUAAGGGGAGACACUGGUCCUCUGGACCAAAAUAUCGCCAAAAAAAAAUUUGACUGUUAGAAACUUUUUUGCAGUCUGGACAUCCAAGAGGAUGUAUUGCUGCAAUAAUAAUGUAUUAUGAUACUUAUUUUGUUAUUGUGCGCUAAAGUCAGCUUCAAAAUCAUCUCCGCUCGUGAACGCGCCCGGAAAGAAGCACUUUUCUCCUAUGCGCUGUUGCCCACAUUAUCAUUUGAUGUAAUAGUCAGAUUUCAAUUAUUAUUGUUGCAAUUUAAAGUAUAUGUGUUCCUACACACAGUAAAGUUAAUAAAUUACAAUAUCAUUUCUAAGAAAAUAUUUCAUUUGGCAGUGCAUCUGAUAAACAUUCUGGGGUUCCCUAACCACCGUAUUAGACAUGGUAAUAACUUUUAGAAGAAUAGAGCUAAAAUUACAGUGAUGGCCUAGUUGUAAUCACUGAUUGCUCUAGAAUAUGCCCACAUAAUUUUUCUAGAAUAGUCUUUGAUAAAAUUGCAAAAAAGCUGGGGAAAUUGAUCUUUAAUAAUAUAUUAAAUAACUCAAAAACUACUUCAGAUUAAAAAAAAGGGGGGGGGAGGAUUUCAUAUCUGCUUGUAGCAGGCUAAAAUAUACUCUGUCUGAAAAUUUCAUUUGUAUGUGAUGAAAAUAAAAAAUUUUUAAGGAGAGUAAUAUCUCCCCUUAAAGGGACACUAAAGAGAAACAAUGAAUUGGUUUAGAUUGAUAAAGUGUGCUCGGAGAACUCUUGUGUAGUUUAUUUCGCCACCAUAGGUUUAUUAUUAGAGGAGAAAACCAAGUUCAAAGUUUCAUUUUUAAAUUUCACGCCGAACUUUGUAAUUUGUGACGUAAAAGACUUCAAAGAGCAUUUAACGUAUUUUGGCGCCACUGGCUCGACGAAAUUUCCACAAACUCGUUAUGUCAAGUCUCUGGCCCCCUCAGAGGACAAUGUACUUCGAUUUAACCGAUUAGGAACUACGUAGGCCCAAGCAGGCGCCGUCAAAAAUAUGUGACAUCACGGCAAAUGGUGCGGGAAUUCCAAGGUGGCGUCGCCACCUGUAUUUUCUUUUUGCGCGUUUUCUCGCUUAUUAAGCGUCUUUGCGCAGAAAGUGUGGUGUUUUUGGUAUUGUGGAAGACUACUUUACUAAUGCAAGAAAAAUCGUUUUGCUCUUUAGUGUCCCUUUAACUACAAAAUGCCUCUUAUCUAAGUAUGUAAAACCUUGUGCACUAAUCCCCCGCCACGGUGGUCUAGUGGUUAUGGCGCUCGACUGCUGACCCGAAGGUCGCGGGAUCGAAUCCCGGCCGCGGCGGCUGGAUUUUCGAUGGAGGCGAAAAUGCUUGAGGCCCGUGUACUUAGAUUUAGGUGCACGUUAAAGAACCCCAGGUGGUCGAAAUUUCCGGAGCCCUCCACUACGGCGUCUCUCAUAAUCAUAUCUUGGUUUUGGGACGUUAAACCCCAGAUAUUAUUAUUAUCUUAUGCACUAAUCAUACUGAUGCAUUUAAAUAGUACUGAUGGACGUAUUUGCAACACAUCCAUUACACACUCUCUAUAGAGCUAAUGCAUAGACGCCACUUAAGCCAUAGUAUCUCAUCGCAUGUGUACUAGUUAUUGUGCACCAUAAUCAUUUUUAAAUUCAAGAGCAUUUUUUUCGCCACCCAUGGCCUGUUUUGGCCUAGUUGGCUUUCUGGCUUGCGUAAAAAUACAGGCGGCCACAUCUGCUUUACAGUUUGACUUUUGGCUCUGUGCAAAGUACUGGAGAAGGCUUGGUGCCGGUGUAAGACAACAUAUUGUCUGCCACAAUGUGGAGCUGCGAAGAAAUGGUACUGGGCUAAGUAGCAGUAUUACAGUUGUGGUAGUCGAGCUUGUUUGGUCCCAUUGCAAUCGAGCAUUGGUAGGUGGAACACAAUUACAGAACAGUGCAACAUUUACUUCCUUCAAAUGUGUGAAACGAGACCAGUGACAAAAUGGCAAUGAACCCGGUGUAAUUUUUGCUGCUGCUUAAUAUUUUUAUUGCUCUUACUGCUUAUAAGCCUUUAUGCGUGCAUCAUGUAUAGUCCUGAAAACCAUGAUUUGCAAAUAGACUUGUUACUGUGAAAUGCAAGGUCUGCAAAUUGUAAAUUGGUGUGAAGAACCAGUUAUCCUUUUUUUAAAGCAUCAUUUGCUAAAUUGUUUUGUUUAAUUUUUUAGGUGUCUUUUUUUUUAAUAAGUUGAGCGUUGAGUGCCGUUGAGCCUUUGCAUUGAUGAUUGCAAAUGUGAUUGGGUUUUAUUAUAUAAAGGCAUUGGCUCUAAGGCGCUGGCGAACGCAAAUAUUUAACAGAUCGAGCAGUCAUAACAUUCAUAUUAGAGCAGUGACAUGCUACGGUACGGUGCUAGGGAAUCAUGAGAAACAUGGUGCCACGUAUGUGUUAUUCCUCUCCCUCGCCAGUUUUCUUCAUUGUUUUUUUAUCUGUGCAUGUGCUGUGUGUUCAUUCCGAAGAUGUUUAAUGAAGUGCGUGGUUGACCCAUUUAUUGUGAUAUGCCCUUAGGUUAUAUUAUUUCCUUGUUUAAUGGGAUGUAAUUGCUGGCUGUUUACUUUUCUAACUUAUUGCCUCUCUGUAUGUCCGGUGUUAAAUUUGUGCAGUCUUUUUUUUCUGGUACAGUGUGCAUCUGAAGAAACGAACACAAUCCCAUUGUUGUCACUUGGAACUGUGAAUCUCAGUGGCUCUUUUUAUAACUCUUAUUGUCGCCUCCUUUGCGUAAGAAACACAUGUGCUGACACUUUUAAUGUGUUGAGUAUAAGCUGUUUGAAUAAUGCAAGAAAAAUGUGCUGGCAAUGAUGGGCUGUAAUGAGGAUAUGCAGGAAGUAGAGCCAUUUUCCUAACAUCCUGCUGUGGAAGCAGGUUUUUCAACUUUUUGCAUUACUGCUUAUAUAAAGCUAUCCUGGCUCCCCUCCCCUCCUCCAAAACUUCAGUAAGCUCGCACAAAUUUACAUUUGUACAGAAAGCUGCUCUGGAUUUGUGAGCGUGGUUUCGUCAAGUUUCUGAGAGGAGUCACUUGAUGGCCUACAGUGCUGGUGCACGAAAUAUUGUUAGAUGUCAGUGGUUUGAAUUAAUAUUGAGCUAUGCACUUUUAUACUCCAUGUAGCCUUGUCUUCUUUGAGACAUUUUACAGGUGCAGUUGCCGAGUUUUGCAUGGAACAGUAUUUCUGACUAAAAAGAAAAAGAAAGGUUUUUAAAAUUGGUGCAGUGCAAAAUGGAGCAUUCCCAAUAAAUGUUUUUGUGUGCACUUUGAGGAUGCCCUUGGUGAAGUGGUGCAUGCACACAGUGCAUUUCAUUUUGAUGAGGCACCUUUUUGCAUAUCCUCUGCUUUUGAUAUUCUCUUUCUUUUAUUGCCCAGUUUGCAAAUCUUUGUGUGUGGUUGUGGUGCAUUAUGCAGCUUGUUUCCCCCAUUCUUCCUUCUGUGCACAUGUGUAUGCAAAUGAGGAGUGUGUAUCAGAAAUCAAAAAUCUUCUCGCACACAUCUCUGUAUCCCGUCCUGCCAUUCUUGACCAGCCCUGUUGUUUUCUUCAUAUCAUUGAAACAUCCCUUCGUCUUUUUAAUCUGUACAUACGAAUGACAUACCGCUGAGCCUGUGUUUUUAUAACAGUGGUAACAGCGUGGGGAGAGAGAGCGCGAAAAAAAAAAAAAAAACAAGCAAAAGAAUUUAGAAACUGUGUGCCUUUGGUACACUUAUUUUCUGGACUUUUUUAUAGUUUGUAUACUGUGGGGCCUAACCCAAUUUAAUAAAGAUUUGCUUUGCAA